AUGCGUCUGACUGCCGAACUCAUCUUGAGUGCCCGUGCGCACAUCAACCCGUUGAGGGAACGGGAGUUGGAUCUACGUGGAUACAAAAUUCCAGUGCUGGAAAACUUGGGGGCGACUAAAGACGGGUUCGACUGUCUGGACUUGUCGGACAACGAGAUCAAAAAGCUAGAGAACUUUCCCCGCCUCAAGCGGCUUCGGAUGCUGCUCCUGCACAACAACAAGGUCCAUCGCAUUCAAGACAACCUCGCCGAAUCGAUUCCGAACCUGUCCGUGCUCCUUUUGACCAACAACAGCAUCGCCAACCUCACCGACGUCGACACAUUGCGCUGCUUCGAACAUUUGGAUAUCCUUUCGUUGCCACAUACGUUAUCCCUUGUCGGCAACCCCGUUGCGCGCAAGUCAUACUACCGCGAAUACGUCAUCCACACGCUGCCCCAUUUGCGCGUGUUGGACUUCAAGAAAAUCCGUCCCGUCGAACGCGAAGAAGCUGUCCGAUUGUUCAAUUCGUUGGCGGGAAAGAAGAUUGUGGAAGGCGCUACUGCGGAUGAUUCCACCCACACAAACGACGCUGUGGCAUUGCCAGCGUCGCCACCUGCAGCUCCAGCAGGACGACCCACGUUGACACAGCUCAAGAAUGCCAUCGCUCAAGCAACAUCCCUUGACGAAGUUAACCGUUUGGAAACUCAAAUCAAGGCGCUGUCCCCGCCGCGACACGACCAAUCCCCCCCGCCAGCUACAUCUUCUCCUCCACGAGUUGUAGUCACUGCUCCUUCCGCACCAGUUUCCACAACAUCCCCUCGCAACCAAGCCGCGCCGUUGUCACCCACGAAGAAGGAAGCAGCAGUUGUGCAGUCGCCACCCCGGAAAAAGGCCGCCGCGGAUGCUACACCUAUCCAUCCCGUGAUUGCCCCUACAGUUGUAUCACCCAAACACGAGGUCAAGCACGAGAAAACUCCAGUUCCGGCCGUGCCGUCCCCCAAACAGUCGCCUCGAAAGGCGGCGGCGAUGCCAGCCCACGCCCCGUCCGAGGACAUGGAAGUCGAUCAAGCCCCCCCAGCCGCCGUACAGACUCCUGUGAAAUCCCCCGCGAGCAAACGCGCCAAGGCCGCGUCGACCCCAGCGUCGUCGAUGAAAGUGAUUGAACUCCGCGAAGAACUCAAGCGUCGUGGGCUGCCGACUAAAGGCAACAAGGCCGAGUUGGUGGCUCGACUGGAAUCUGCCAACGAAUAG